AUGUAAUAUAUAACAUUUACAAAACUUAAACACUAUGUCUAUGUAUUAUAUAACAUUUACAAAACUUAAACACUAUGUCUAUGUAUCAUAUAAUAUUUACAAAACUUAACCACUAUGUAUUAUAUAACAUUUACAAAACUUAAACACUAUGUCUAUGUAUUAUAUAACAUUUACAAAACUUAAACACUAUGUCUAUGUAUUAUAUAACAUUUACAAAACUUAAACACUAUGUAAUAUAUAACAUUUACAAAACUUAAACACUAUGUAUUAUAUAACAUUUACAGAGUAUGAUGUGCCGGUAUAUUGUACUGUAUUGUUUGAUAUCUAUGAUUUAUACCUUUCUGAAUGUCCUUGUUACACAAUGUAUUAUUAGUGUUAUUUAUUUAUUCAAUUAAAGUAUUUGUAUUUAAUUAGUCUUUUUUUCUUUUCUUAUUAAGGUAUUCAAUGUAUAAUAAUAAUAUUUCAUAUCUAAUGAAUGUAUCGUGUAUUUUUUGUAAUCAUAUUAUCAUUUUGAAGGGUGUAUCAAAUAAUGAUAAUCCACCAUUGGAAAUUUUUAUCAAAGUUUUGAUUAUACUUAUUUUUAUUUUUUUUUUUAUUGUUUGAUUUUUUAUUUGACUUUUACAUUAUAUACAUAUAUGUAAUUUAACUACACAAUAAUAUCAUCAAUAUUCAUAUAUGCAAAAGACAUUUUCAAAAAUAUAAAGGAGAAAGAAAGAAAGAAAACAAAGGGGGCAUGGAACACAAUCUUAGGUUUAAAAAAAAACAACUCUUUAAUACAAUCAUAAUUUAUCAUAAAUAUUUUGCCAGUAUCUCUCAAACUCCCUAUACCUGCAGUUUUUCAACAACAAAAGUUUUUCAACUAAUUCUAUCAAUGAUAAUUUUUUUGGAUGCAUCUAUACUUAAUUUGCUUAUACUUGAGAAUUUACUAAUAUAAAUAUAUUGCUUUAUCAUCAGAAUUAUCAAAUUUUCCACCUUGUGCACAUUCUUAUUAGCAAAUUUUCCAAAAAGAAUUGCUUGUCUAUCAAAACUAAUAUGCCUGUCCAGUUUUUCGCAAAG